AAUUAUUACCAGUGAGGUUUCCUCCCCAAACAGGAAGUAUCAACCAGAACUGCUCUCUCCCAGCGCGCUCUGUAACCAAGCAUCAGUCACCACUCCCGGGCCAGUCCCUGUGGCCAGGAGCUGGUGUGUAGGCUGAGGGGGGCAGCAGCACAGCUGUCCAAGCCCGGCAGGUCCCUCGCCUGUGAGGGUCAGCCUGAGCCCUGACUUCCAAGACAGAGUCAGGCUGCCCGCACACCGGAGGGGGACCAAGCAAGAAGCUGUGGCCUGGAUCCCCGUGGGGCCAUCAAGGGACUCAUGCGUCAGACACUGGCAUCAGCCAAAUGUCGCAUCAGCCCGUUGUUGCCACCAAGAUGUCAGGAGAGAUGGACAAGCCGCUGAUCAGCCGCCACCUGCUGGACAGUGAUGGGAGCCUUGCUGAGGUCCCCAGUGAGGCCCCCAAGGUGGGGAUCCUGGGCAGCGGAGACUUUGCCCGCUCCCUGGCCGCACGCCUGGUGAGCUCCGGCUUCAGCGUGGUGGUGGGAAGCCGCAACCCCAAACGCACGGCCGGGCUGUUCCCCUCGGCCGCACAAGUGACUUUCCAGGCGGAUGCAGUGGAGUCCCCUGAUGUCAUCUUUGUGGCCAUGUUCCGGGAGCACUACUCCUCACUGUGCAGUCUCAGUGACCAGCUGGCUGGCAAGAUCCUCGUGGAUGUGAGCAACCCCACAGAGCAGGAGCACCUUCGGCACCACGAGUCCAAUGCCGAGUACCUGGCUUCCCUCUUCCCCACCUGCACGGUGGUCAAGGCCUUCAACGUCAUCUCUGCCUGGACCCUGCAGUCCGGCCCGAGGGAUGGGAACAGGCAGGUGCCCAUGUGCAGCGACCAGCCGGAAGCCAAGCGUACUGUCUCGGAGGUGGUACGGGCCAUGGGCUUCAUGCCCGUGGAUAUGGGGUCCCUGGCCUCGGCCCGGGAGGUGGAGGCCAUGCCCCUGCGCCUCCUCCCAGGCUGGAAGGUGCCCGCCCUCCUGGCCCUGGGCCUCUUCACCUUCUUCUACGUCUACAACUUCAUCCGCGACGUCCUGCAGCCCUACGUGCGGGACGGCAAGAGCAAGUUCUACAAGCUCCCCGUGUCCGUGGUCAACACGACGCUGCCGUGCGUGGCCUACGUGCUGCUGUCGCUGGUGUACCUGCCCGGCGUGCUGGCGGCCGCCCUGCAGCUGCGCCGGGGCACCAAGUACCGCCGCUUCCCCGACUGGCUGGACCACUGGCUGCAGCACCGCAAGCAGCUGGGCCUCCUCAGCUUCCUCUGCGCCGCCCUGCACGCUCUCUACAGCUUCUGCCUGCCCCUGGGCCGCGUUAACCGCUACGAGGUGGUCAACCUCGCCAUCAAACAGGUCUUGGCCAACAAGAGCCACCUGUGGAUUGAGGAGGAAGUCUGGAGGAUGGAGAUAUACCUCUCCCUGGGAGUGCUGGCCCUCGGCACACUGUCCCUGCUGGCCGUCACCUCACUGCCAUCCAUUGCAAACUCGCUUAACUGGAGGGAGUUCAGCUUCGUUCAGUCCACCCUGGGCUUCGUGGCCCUCGUGCUGAGCACCCUCCACACGCUCACCUACGGCUGGACCCGUGCCUUCGAAGACAGCCAUUACAAGUUCUACCUGCCUCCCACCUUCACGCUCACGCUGCUGGUGCCCUGUGUCGUUAUCCUGGCCAAAGCUCUGUUCCUGCUGCCCUGCUUCAGCCGCAGACUCUCCAGAAUCCGGAGGGGCUGGGAGAAGGACGGUGCCACCAAGUUUCUGCUGCCGAUGGACCACGCCCUGGCCCAGAAGACGAGCCACGUGUGAGGUGCCCGCGUCUGGCCCCAGAAAACCAGACACAGGCAGGACAGUGCCCUGGGCCUGUCGGGGCUGCUUUUCUCGAUCGAGCAGGACGGUGACAUUGUGCACACAUUGGUGGUGUGAGGUCUGAAUUCCUGGGACACCAAUGUAGGUGGCAACAUUCAGAAUGGCACACACGUGUGUGUGUGUGAUAUAUAUGUUCAUGUAUAUUUCAUAUAUAUAUACAUAUAUAUAUAUAACAGGAUUUGCAUUUAUAUUUAAAGAGUUGAGCCCCUGAGAUUUCAACUUGUAGAUUGAAAAGCAAGAGCCAGAUGUUAGAACAGCAGCUCACACUGUUGGGAUCUCUGCAGAAAUAGACACACACUCUUUGCACAGAAAAGGCAGUAAGAGGCUCGUACCUUGGUGGAUUCCAUCCAUUUGUGUCCCACUCCCUUUUUGCUGCUUUUCCAAGGCUUUUGUCGAGUUGGAGCCCAAAGGGGGCAGAUAAGAGCUCUGCCUGGAGCCUCAUGGCAUCACAGGGUGGAAGGGUCGCCAGCGAGCAGGGGGUGGGCUCCUCCCUCAUUCACCUUCAGCGGCAGCAGGAGGUCAGGCGGUUGCUAGGACCCUGGGGGGUGAGCCUGGUGUCUGUGCCCUGGGAGCAAAUUAAAGAUGAGUCCUUUGCGGGGUAGGGGGUGCAGGGGGUCGGGGCCGAAGCUGUCCCCUCUAAUCCUCCUUGAGCUGGGGAGAUUUUUUUUUUUUUUUUUCCUGAAAGUCAGAAGUCACCACAGCGGCUACACAUUGAUCCUCCUGCAGGAGUGUGAAGUCACCUCCGCGUAGGAGCCACUAAUGAACCGUCUUGAGAACAACGGUAAUUUUUUUUCCCUCCUUUAAGUUGGUGAUGACUGUUCUUCAAACCACUGUGCCUUCUCACCUUUCAGAUCAUUAGUUUGGAUAUCUCUUAGGAAGGCCCAGAGCAGGCCCUCUGGAAAUCAGUUCGAGGGGGAGGGGGAAACGUAGCAGACAGCCCUCAGCAUCACAGCUGAGGCUUUUCUCAGACCCGCCCAGGGCACCGAAGGACUGAUUGUCCCCGCUGAACUGGUCCUGUGGAAAAACCUUGGGACCUCAUCAGAUGCCCUCUGCUGCUGCCAGGCAGAGAACCUGCCAGAAAACCUCACUGGCUCCAAGUUCCACACUGCUCCAGGGAAAACAGGGAGCACGUGGGCAAUGGUGACCCCAAGGAUCACCAACCCCAGUCAGUUACACUCAGAAUGGUUGGGAGGGUCUUUUCUACCAAAGCUGCAAACUCGUCAGACUGCUGCCCCAAAGCACAAGAGGCUGGACCCCAACCAGGGCCGCAGGACACGUGUCCUCGAAGCCCAACCCUUGCUGGUUCCUACUGAAACUGCUGUGAUUUCCCCUGUGGAUAAAUAGCUGUUCUUGGCUGAGCCCCCCGACCCCAGAACCAGGAUGAUCUGGACCUGUAGCCACAGAGGGGACAGGGUCCCAACGGAAGACACGAGUGAGACAAACACUGACCUCUGCUCCAAAUGGGGAGUGUGGGUCUUCUGGGCCACAGGUAUCUUAGGAGCACAGUCGAGCCAGCAAGUGCUACGAGAAGAGGAUGCCCCUGCCUCCCCCAGAGAGGCUUCAUGAGCUCAUGUCUGCAGAACGCGUUAGGGUCUUUUAGUGAAAAGGGGGUGGAAAAAAAAAAAAAAGCCAAGUGCAAGAGUAUCUCAUUAGGCCGGUGACUGAUGGAGGGAAGGUGGCGCAGGCGAAGCUGUCUGCUUCCUGCAGAUGUUUUCCUUCUGCUCCUGCAAGGCUGAGCUGCAGAAGUUUGCCUUCCACAUGGGCCCCGAUGAAGCGGCGCCGUGAUCCUCGGAGAUGCUCGCUGAAAAGGAGGCAGGCGAAGCACAGAUUCCAGCACUUGCUUAACACAAUGAGGGCCCUUCAGUGUCCUGCUGAUUGGAAGCAAGGAGAACAUGGGCGACUGGGAUCCACCAGGAUCUCCAACCCCAGGCAGUACUGGUGGCCUGCCUUCUCUGGCCCUCCUCCCUGGGCCCAGGGAAUUUCCUUAUACCAAAGAUGCUGACACACGGCAAAUUCUAGCAUGUUCCGUCCCCUUCCCUGUCCACUUCCUGCUGCAGGUGCUCCUAAGAGAAGAAAAUGGUUCCGAGGUGGGGGUGGCAGGAGGGAGCAGGUGCAGCGGGGGACCCGGCCACCCACCAACUGGACAGUCAACUCAUGAAAGGCGGGGCGGGGGGGGGGGGUUGUGUUCUGCCUUGAUCUGGUGUCUGCUGCUCUUCCCUACCUCACCAGGCAGCUGGCAACAGCACCCCCCAUGAGAGUGGGUCAUUCCCUUUCAGCCUGGUAAAUUCUAUGUGCCUCUGGGUACAAAAGUGCCUGAACCAAUGUGCUCCAGAAGUCCUAAAUGCCAUGGUCUGAGGUUUAAAAUCAAUGCCAUUGAAACAGUCUGUGUAUUUUGUGUUUGAAACCUUGUAGGGCUUGUCUAAGAAGCAACAGAAAUAAACCCCUAACCUUCUGUGAA